UUCGUGGACGUUGCAGCCUAAGUACGAGUCGUUCCCAGUAAUACGCCACGAUAACCAAUAUGGCGGCAACAACGAAUUGUGUUGAACAUUGGGGAGAACUCGAUCCUCCUUUGCCAAAAACAGCCGGCCUACACGUUGAAAUGACGGAGCCUAAAGCUGCAGAUUACGAAAUACCAAGACUGCAUCAGCCAUCUUCGGAACACUUCCCACCAAAAGACGAAUUGCCAAUGAAGUUUAUGGCGUCUGUCAAACCGCCACUUGAUAAACACUCACAGAACCUAACACUACACUGUAUUGAACUACAGCAUCACAAACGACGUAUGCGCCUGAUGUUAAUGGCAGCCCAACAUCAACAUGGAGAGGGAACGAAAUAUAGUAAGUCUGAGAGGUUUUCUGUCAAUUCAUCCAAUGAUAAGCAGGAAAAAAAAGCAGCUGUUUGAAUUUGUUAUAAGUGUCACAGUUUUUGUUAGGUAGAAUGAUUCACUGACAAUACCCGUAUGCAUCAUUUCUGUUGCAGCCCUCAUGAACCUCAUUCUGCCCUUACAUGUGCAGAGCUAGACAGUGCUUCCAACAGACAUUUGUUGAUGAAGUCAGUAGCUACCUUAUGUGCUCUUGCAGGAUUUGAUAUGGCCAGUGAAUCUUCUCUGGAAAUACUAACAGACAUCCUAGAUGACUUUAACACCAAGCUCUGUCGUCUUUUGAGAAUGAGUGUUGAUAAUAAUGCAUUAGGUGGAAGAACAGGUUUUCCAGAUGCCAUGGAGUAUGCUCUGCAUGAGAUUGGGUUAGGUGGAUGUGCUGCUAUCCAUAAGUACUGGGUGCAAGGAAUACAGGAUUAUGCUGUAAAACUAGAUCAAGAGGAUAUGGAGAUGAUACAGGAAUACAAGGCUUUGAUUGAUCCAUCAGCUAGGAAAUCUGCAACGGUUUCUAGUGGAGGAAACUCUCAAGGAUACAUAGUCAAAGAUGAAGUGGAACUGAAAGGAAGUGGAUUAUCAUGUAAAACAUCUGUUGGGACAGACACAUCAGACCAGGGCCCAGAGUUAUCACUUUUAAGUCCAUAUGGGAUGGUUUCCAGUGGAACCAAUACUGGAGAAGGAAAUAGUGAUCCCACCUCACCCCAGUGGGGAAUGUCAUACAUUAAGACUGAAGGUGAAGAAGAUGAGUCAUACGAGGACCCAAUGAAUGUUGUUCCGAAAACGCCACAGUCAUAGUGGACAGGAAAAAAAGCGUCAAGAACAGAGCACAUUCUUAGGACUCUCUUAUAGACGCUGAAACUACGACCAUGGUAUUUCAACCGGUCUCGUUUAAACGAGAAAUUCAUCAUCCUGGAGAGUGUUACAGAGCUCUUUAAAUUCUGUCGUCGAAAAACAGAUUCGCUCGAGAGUAGUAAUAGGAGGCACUAUAGUCUGGUAGUAUUCCAACCAAGAACAAACGGGCAUUACCAAAUAUGGCUAACAAGAUGGCGAUUUGAGCUGUAACACAAUUUUCAUGUUGUCACGCCGUCGCGAAAGGGUGUUACAAGGGGAUGUCACGCAGAAAGUCAUAAAUGAGUUAGGCGGGAAAACAUAAUUUGUCUAGUUAUCUUUCCGAUGUUCAAAUACGUGACACGUGAAAUAUUGCAGUGAUUACAAAUAUUGCAAGAUGGU